ACGAACGCGAAAAAAACGCAGUCGCAAAGAAUCAGUUGCAAAACAGGUUCCUUGAAGUUUUAAGUCUUGAGGGCUAUACCGAUUACAUUUGAGAUGGGUAAGUCCAGACAGUUUGCUUAGCGAAUUUCUUGUCUUUUCAGUGAGUUAUAAAACACAUAUUCCUGCCAAUCACGUCAAUUUAUUGACGGUGGAACGACGGUCCGUUUGGUGCGCGUGCUCACAAUGGUCGCCUCAAUUCUGGCAAGAUCAAUAAGUUAUUUGGCUGGAGUUCUAAAACUCGCAUAAGGUUUACUUUCAGUAGAGCUAAGGAAUAGUGGCAUCUCGAUGUUAUGCGGAACUGCUGUCAUAAACACAAGGGAAAUUGAUUGUACACAAUGACAUGAUUUUUUCAUUACAUGUACAAUUCUAGCAGCUUGCUGGGUUACUUCUCAACUCGUAGUACAAGGGUCUCAGUGAUCUAUACAUGAAAGCAAGAGACGCAAAAUUCAGGUCUCUGAAAUCAAGAAAAGAACACGCACUCAGAGUUAGGAUGUGACUCAGAACAAUGAAAACAUUAUUUGUUUUGCAUUCAUCUUCACUUUUGUUAGUAUACGUCGCGAAAUAUGAGUUAAGGUUUCUCUUAAAAUCUCAUGCAUCCUAUAAAAUAACGUGUUAAAUUUUCUUGAUUUAAAGUAGCUCUACCCAUAUGCUCCACCAUAAAAGAAAUCCUUGAGAAUGUGACGAGUAGUUUGGAUUUGUUUUUAUUAUAUGAAAUUUUGGGCUUCAAAGACCGGAAACGGGGAAAGUUAUGAUACUUUCAUGCUCUAUGUGAAAAGCACUUGCUUUAAAUCUAAAAGUUUAAAUAGGAUGUAAGGUCAUACUGUUGUCACUUUUCAAAAGUAGUAGGGGUAUCCUGAAUUUCAGCCUUUCCUUCGAGUCGCAAACUUGAAAUUCAGGCCAUCUCAGAGAUUAUGAAAUGAAUAGCUAAUUAAUUCAGAUUCUUCGAAUGGCUCAUGGAAGAGUGCACAUAAGCAAUGACAAGUAAGAACUAAAUUAGCCGAAUAUCGUAAAAGCCUCCGGGCCUUUCUUUCCACAUUUGGGAAAGUUUUGAGCUAAAAUCCUGAGAAAAGUGAGACUGUGAAUCAUUUUGUAUUCCAUUUCCCUCGUCACGUUCGAGCAUGAUCAUUUAGUUAAUUUCGCCAAAUAAAUAUCGCUGGAAUUAUCUCCUUAAGGCAAAUCAUAGUUAAUUAAGUGGAAUGGUUAUGAUACCCGUCAGACACCUUUGUUAUAUGUUUUUGUGGGCUUGAAAGUGCACAACGUUCAAAAGCAUUCCUUUCAUUUUGAUUGUCUGAUUGACCAAUAAAAACGUUGCAUUAAUUUAUUCCGUAACAAUUCGCCAACAGAAAAGAAAGGAUUGUGCACUUUCAGGGUGCUUCCAAUAUAAACUGCAGCACCGUUGUUUUUAUCAUUGAUGUUUGCCGAUUUUCAUAACCACUCUCCUCUAGUAAGUCUAGCUUAAAAAAUUUGACAGAGCACUGAUGCAUACAUCAUUAACUCAUGGUGCACUCGACAGUGACUCUCUACAGUGAAUGAGCGGGAAAGAGAACAUAAAAAAUAACUGUGUUAGUCAGCUACGUUUGAGAACAAUAAAGCUUUCAAUAAAAGAAAGGUUCGAUAAAGUCAACCUUUGCUCUCUUAUGCCGACUCCUGAAUUACAACGCUAAACGUCCGAAUGAGAGGUUCAACCAUCCGGGAAAAUGUACGCCCACUAAAAGGUUCUAAAAAUUUUCGGCUUACUAUGGUUUCUGGGCGUGUAUAGCAAACGUGGAACAAAACCUCGAACAGGAGUGGCAUGAAAUGCCUUUCACUUAACAUACACGUUUCUGUCGAUUUCUGAAUGCUACCAGACAAAUUUCUACGCAAAAUAAUUUGAAGUACCCAUAGUUGGUUAUUUACGCGGGCUUCAUGAAUGCCGCGCGAUCUUGUCAAACAGCUGUGCUUCGACUCACCUAGCGCCCGUCGUUUUGUGUCCUGCUAAACAUAUUUGCCUUACUAGAUUAUUACUAAGAGAGGAAACGUCACACCCAAAAUUUGCCCAACAUUCCCGAUUAAAGGGUCGAACGCCGCUUUACUGAAUCUCAGAAUCGAAAAUAUCCGAGUUCAAUCGUCUUCACGGCUUCGCAUAUCCGUCGGAUCAAAACAAAAACUUAAGUCUAAAGAGCGGUUUCAAAAAGAUGCGGUUUGUGUAAGAGGACUUACUGGUUUUGUGUGGACGGAAGGCAGAUUCGUGUAAAAAAAAAAAUAUGCCUUUUCAAAAAUCUCCGGAUUCGUGUGGACGGGCCAAAAAUACAAACAAAACAAUCGGCAUGUAUUAUAUGAUAUGUAUUGGUCUUUUGUUAUAAUUUAUAUCCUGCAUGACUUCGCAUUUUGAAGAGAACCGGAGCAUGUCAUUCGGUUCAGUUUGAUUUUUUAUUCAAAUCAUGUUUACCCUGAUAUUGAUCAAAGGUGACAACAGUCAACUCUCUCAUAGCGACCACUUUUCGUAAGCGACCACCUCCCGUAAAAAGUCAAAGUCAAAUACUUUAUCAAACACUACCUCUAAAUUUGCUCUAUUACAAAUCAGUUGCUAUUCUCAUGCACGAUAUCACAAAAAAUUUAGCACCACAAAAUAUUUUAUGCUUAUUCAAAAUUACUGAUCAAGUCCUCGCGUAUAACACUGGAUCCCAGUCGAGGGGUUAAUUAUUACGAAAUUAAAUUUUCAAGACUGGAUAAACAAGGAAAAACAUUUUCAAGAUUGGGGGUCGAAAUAUGGAAUUGCAUACCUCUGUGUAUUAGAAAACUAAUAAUGUCAGUCUCCGAGAGGAUACCUCAUUAUUUUGGAGUAUCCAUUCUAGCCAUGACCAUUGUUUCUCUCUCUCCCUAAGCCAGUUAUAGUCUCAAUUUUUUCUUUGUCUGUUUUUGUUUGUUUUUAUGCUUAUUUUGUUUCUAUUUUACGUUUAUCCGCUGUCACAAUUUAGAAGUUAUCUUCAUGCUGAGGAAGUUAUUUCUCGGGGUAACGACAAUCGAAAAGGGGGCUUGAUCGACACGUGUGCUAAGAAUGAGUACGUCAACAUCGUAACAGCAUCAGCGUCUUCUGUCAGACUGUUAUUUCACACCGUUUCUGUCGGCCAAAGCCGGCAACAAUGUUUAUUGUUUACUAAUUAUUGUUUCCGAUCGGUAACAAAAAUGCAGGGGGUCCAUAUAGGUGAUCCGUGGACCUGGUCCAGAGAAGGGGCCAAGGGCCCUAGCCUUCUGUUUUGUCCUCACCCGUAGAAUUCUUCGUCAAUAGCGUGAAGGAACGGUUUGAUGAGAGGGAUUGAGAGGGAGUGAUGUACACUCUAACUGUUGUGAAGAAUUUUGAAGGUUAUUUCUAAGAUCUUUCUUACAAUUUAAGUUCGUCAGUUGUUUCGUUAAGUCGGUCAAGAUUAGGCGGGAUGGGUGUUUUCCUGUUUUAAUCUCAUGAUUUUACUCGUACUUGAAUUUAUGCUUAGGUCCCGAAUUUAUCCAAUUCCAUUUUUGGAAUAUUCUUGCCUUGAACUUGCUAGAUGAGAGUUUUACACUGGUGGUCGUCUUUGUGAGGUUAGAGCUGACCUUGGUUGAGUGACUAGCCCCGUUGAUGAUCUGUUUGGGUUGUUAACUAGAGUUGUUAGUUUCUCGUUGGUUUGUAGCUUCCUGCCUUCAGUAACAAGAUACAAAAAAGUUUUUAACUCUGGAUUGGAAAGAAUAUAAGGAGGGGGCAUCGCGAACGUAAGCGCUCAGCUUAUUAAAGAAAACCGGUCCUUGGUAGAAAUCAGAAAACUUUCUUAUGUCAGUACGACAGAAAGGAAUACAAAAUCGAUUUGAAAUACGUGUGCUACAACCGUGAACUCGAUUAGAACGUAAAAUGGAUCUCGAAAAAGUGGAAAGAACGAAAUAAUUAUUCAAAGAAUACAUAAAUUUCCCGAGGUGAAGAGAAUAGGUAUCUCCUAAUUUGAGGAUCAUAAGAUUUUUAAAUAGAGGAUCAGUGGGUGGGUCAAAACCUUUCUUACUACUAAUUCUAACAAGACGCUAUGGGAGUGUACACUUAGGCGUCGUGGUUGUGGAUUAAUUGUGAAUGCGGGGAAAUAGUAAGAAAUGAUAUUUUUCCAUAUACCCUUCUAUACAAAUUCCCUUACUUUUCUCCUUUUGUGUAACAGACGUCUUAACUUCUUCACCGGAAGUCUGCUAGGUGCAUGGCUGUGACCCAGUUCGAUUAUAAUUUCUGUCAUAUAUAAUUGCGCACGGCGAGAUCUCAGUUCCACUUCUUUUAAUUUCUCAACAACAACACUUUCCUUAUGUACAGUUAACUCUACACCUUCUCCAGCAACGUAACUAUAAACUAACAUCACUACAUGCCCUAACAAAAUGAAAAUGCACAAUCUUCACACCGAGGAUAAUUCAUGUACAACAUCGCAACACAAACUAGAAAUACGUAUCUCGCAAUAACCCUAGCGAAACUCGGUUAAGUCGGUUUUUUAGUAGCACCACUCAAGUUAAGCCCUGUUGGGCGGGGUUAGGAACUGGAUGGGCACCCACCGCGAAUAUCGUUUUGAAGGUCCCUACUUUGCUCUUUCUUUUCCUCUUCUCCUUUUUUGCAUAUUGUGUGGUGUCAUUUUUAAACGUGUAUUGAAAAGCAUACUUAGCAUUAUUUCGGCCGCUGGAUUUAGAAAAAAAAAACAAACACGGAAGGACAGUUAGUCUCCAUCGCAGCCGUUUUCAGGCUCGUCACGUGACGAGUCUAAAAACGGCUGCGAAAGAGAUUAGUUCGCGUGAAAAUUAUUAUAAGCUUACUUCGGGCCGUACUACAGAACUGAAACUCUGAUCUAUCGUCGGGGAAUUUGACCGGCAAACUAAUAAAUUUGGGUUUUCCACGGUUUAUCACGAAUUCCAAGCUAGAUUCCAGGCGGAAAAGACAAGGUUUCGACAAUAAAAAGCCGAACUGAAACGCACUUUGGAGAAUCAUGUGGCGCGACAUAUUAAAGCAAACUCGUCUGCUCAGUGAGACGCACUGAAAAUUGCUCUUGUAUCUCGAUUUUCGCUCAAAUUUUGAAUCUACUAGCCCAAUUUGAUUCAACGUUUUUUGUAAAAUACUUUUGCAGUCAAUAUUUCUAGCCAGAAUAAUAAAUCAGGACAAGCCGAAAAGUCACCAACUUAUCCCGUACCUCGUGCAUAACUUGUAGCUAUUCUCACAUCUCAAGUUACCUUGGGUCGCAGUGGCGCAAUCGGCUAAUCCCGUGACGUAGGGUCUGAUCUGAUCUUACGGGUCACACAAGUGAGUCGGUUCAAACCCCGCGCAAGCCAAAACAAUAAUUCUUUCUUCCUCCAAUAACAACGAAAUCGAACUGAUCUCGAGAUAUCUCGAACUAAUUCGGCGCUGAUUUCGUAAAAUAGCCGAAUAAAGCCGAAUACCUACAAACUUUGCAUGCCCAAUCUCGUCCAGAAAAAGCAACUUUGGGACAUUCCUGAGUGUCGCGACUGCUUUACUUCGCGCUCCGCCGAAGUAAAAAUGCGUUUUUGCAACAGGACUAUGCGCCUAAGAUGAGUAGGGCAAGUCAAACUCCAAACUGAAAUACAAAAUUGAAGAUAAGAAUAGACAAGUGAAUAGUAUAAAAUACACAAAGCUGGCUUAGUAAGACAAGAACUCGCAACCUGCGAAAUAUGGAGUUUUCAUGACAAUGACUCAUCUUAAAUAACACCAAGAAACUUGAUUUAUCUUAAGACCAUUCAUCUCUAUAUUAAAGGCGAAUUCAUCUCUUCUCUGCCCGGGUUUAAAAGUUAUGUAAUUUGACUUUUGUAUAUUUAGAGAUAGCUUGUUGGCUUUAAAACAAAUGAGAUAACUUAGGCAUUUCAGAGUUAACAAGUUCAUUAAUCAGGAAAGUCAAUAUGAGAAAAGAAUAAGUUGGUAUCAUCAGCAAACAAGAAUCGCUGAAAAGCGAUUUUAACUGGGCUGUCGAAGGCGAUUUUUUCUGAGGAAGGGGUUGCUGCACCACAGAAUCUUGUCGCUGGCCAUUGGGUAACAUAGCACCUCAUGUUUGAGUGAAACAUAAAUUCAUUUGAACAUUGUAUCCUUUUGGAACACUUUCGUAACAAGAAAAAUGAGUACCAUUUUUAAGUCGGGACUGUAUAGUAACUUUCAAAUUCCACUAUUAUAAAUAGAAGUAAGCAAGUGAGCCAUUCUAAGCAGGAAACAGUAAGCGUUAUUUUCAAGCACCCCUUCCCCAAUCCCUCUGCCCCCCAAAAUAAAGUGUGACAGUAUAGCGUGACUAAUUUGACCUAACCGGAAAUUCCAAAAAUUAUUGUCGUUCUACGGGUCAUAAAAUGCUGUUAAUAACAAGCAGUUCAUUUCUCAAUUCUGGUUCUUAAAAAUUGGAAAGCAAAUUAUAUUUAAGUUUUGUUUUUGUCUGAUAUUGCGUUAUAGAGCCUUCCUACCUAUCCUAGUCAAUAUAUAUAUAUACAAUUUUUUUUUGUGGACGUGGUGAUGUACAAUGAGCACAUUCCCCGGGACAUUCCUUUCCUGUAAGGAAUGACUUUUCACGCGCUGAGUAAGAAUCGCAAAAACAUAAAAAGAGACAUUGGACGUCACAUUUUAAACGGUUUAAGCUUCAACGUAAAGCGAAGAGAAACCUUAAAAGCGACCCAUCCUACCAUCUUUUGAAAAAGGCACUGAUAGCUUGUGAAAAAGUGCCAAUGAUAGCUUGAGAGACGUCUUUAUUCAAUGGAUGUACAUACAAACACUCUAGCUACACACAUAGAGAGAUUUGCAAUCACGUUUUGGAAGGGAAAAACUCCUCAAAAUGUUUAAACUUCAACAAAAAGUGAAGAAAAACCACAAAUGGUACUCAUCGUAGCAUCUUUUGAAGGAGACGAUGAAAAAGUACAGUACGCCAAUUUCAAACACAUCUUCAUUUAAUGGCUGCCUUGGCUUAACAUUCUACGCCAAGUUAGUCAUUGAUCGUGUUUAUCGUCAUGACAACGAAAUUCUCCGGGGGGGUACUCCCUUACAUUUGCCUUAUACAAUCGGCGACAAAAUUGUUGAGACAUUGUACUCAAAUAGGGUAACUUUGGAGAACAAAAGAAUCCGCACCCCUCUCCUCUCCCCUCCGUUCAAAGUUGGGGUGUUUGUUGUUUCCUAAAGGUAGCUCGAACAUCGGCACAACAGUGUAUGGAAGGGGGGGGGGAGGGAAAGCUAUAUUUCCUCCUUUUGAAGUCAGUAAAACGUAAAAAAGCCCAGUUUAGGGCGAAGUGUCUUAACUCAUUUUGUCGUCGAUUGUAGGUAUUGAUCUAAUAUAAAAUCUGGAGUAAUGUUUUCCUGUUUUAAUCUCAUGAUUUUACUCGUACUUGAAUUUAUGCUUAGGUCCCGAAUUUAUCUAAUUCCAUUUUUGGAAUAUUCUUGCCUUGAACUUGCCAGAUGAGAGUCUUAAACUGGUAGUCGUCUUUGUGAGGUUAGAGCUGACCUUGGUUGAGUGGCUAGCCCCGUUGAUGAUCUGUUUGGGUUGUUAACCAGCGUUGUUAGUUUCUCGUUGGUUUGUAGCUUCCUGCCUUCAGUAACAAGAUACAAAAAAGUUUUUAACUCUGGAUUGGAAAGAAUAUAAGGAAGGGGCAUCGCGAACGUAAGCGCUCAGCUUAUUAAAGAAAACCAGUCCUUGAUAGAAAUCAGAAAACUUUCUUAUGUCAGUACGACAGAAAGGAAUACAAAAUCGAUUUGAAAAACGUGUCACAUAACCGUGAACUCGAUUAGUACGUAAAAUGGAUCUGGAAAAACUGGAAAGAACUAAAUUAUUAUUCAAAGAAUACAUAAAUUUCCCGAGGUGCAGAGAAUAGAUAUCUCCUAAUUUGAGAAUCAUAAGAUUUUUAAAUAGAGGAUCAGUUGGUGGGUCAAAACCUUUCUUACUGCUAAUUCUAACAAGACGCUAUGGGAGCGUACACUUUGGUGUCGUGGUGGUGGAUUAAUUGUGAAUGCGGAGGAAUAGUAAGAAAUGAUGUUUUUUCAUAUACCCUUCCAUACAAAUUCCCUUACUUUUCUCCUUUUGUGUAACAGGCGUCUUAACUUCUUCACCGGAAGUCUGCUAGAUGCAUGGCAGUGACCCAAUUCGCUUAUAAUUUCUGUCAUAAAUAAUUGCGCACGGCGAGAUCUCAGUUCCACUUCCUUUAUUUUCUCAACAACAACACUUUCCUUAUGCACAGUUCACUCCACACCUUCUCCAGCAACGUAACUAUAAACUAACAUCACUACAUCCCCUAACAAAACUUGCUGAAAAUGCACAAUCUCCACACCGAGGAUAAUUCAUGUACAACAUCGCAACACAAACUAGAAAUACGUAUCUCGCAAUAACCCUAGCGAAACUCGGUUAAGUCGGUUUUUUAGUAGCACCACUCAAGUUAAGCCCUGUUGGGCGGGGUUAGGAACUGGAUGGGCACCCACCGCGAAUAUCGUUUUGAAGGUCCCUACUUUGCUCUUUCUUUUCCUCUUCUCCUUUUUUGCAUAUUGUGUGGUGUCAUUUUUAAACGUGUAUUGAAAAGCAUACUUAGCAUUAUUUCGGCCGCUGGAUUUAGAAAAAAAAAACAAACACGGAAGGACAGUUAGUCUCCAUCGCAGCCGUUUUCAGGCUCGUCACGUGACGAGUCUAAAAACGGCUGCGAAAGAGAUUAGUUCGCGUGAAAAUUAUUAUAAGCUUACUUCGGGCCGUACUACAGAACUGAAACUCUGAUCUAUCGUCGGGGAAUUUGACCGGCAAACUAAUAAAUUUGGGUUUUCCACGGUUUAUCACGAAUUCCAAGCUAGAUUCCAGGCGGAAAAGACAAGGUUUCGACAAUAAAAAGCCGAACUGAAACGCACUUUGGAGAAUCAUGUGGCGCGACAUAUUAAAGCAAACUCGUCUGCUCAGUGAGACGCACUGAAAAUUGCUCUUGUAUCUCGAUUUUCGCUCAAAUUUUGAAUCUACUAGCCCAAUUUGAUUCAACGUUUUUUGUAAAAUACUUUUGCAGUCAAUAUUUCUAGCCAGAAUAAUAAAUCAGGACAAGCCGAAAAGUCACCAACUUAUCCCGUACCUCGUGCAUAACUUGUAGCUAUUCUCACAUCUCAAGUUACCUUGGGUCGCAGUGGCGCAAUCGGCUAAUCCCGUGACGUAGGGUCUGAUCUGAUCUUACGGGUCACACAAGUGAGUCGGUUCAAACCCCGCGCAAGCCAAAACAAUAAUUCUUUCUUCCUCCAAUAACAACGAAAUCGAACUGAUCUCGAGAUAUCUCGAACUAAUUCGGCGCUGAUUUCGUAAAAUAGCCGAAUAAAGCCGAAUACCUACAAACUUUGCAUGCCCAAUCUCGUCCAGAAAAAGCAACUUUGGGACAUUCCUGAGUGUCGCGACUGCUUUACUUCGCGCUCCGCCGAAGUAAAAAUGCGUUUUUGCAACAGGACUAUGCGCCUAAGAUGAGUAGGGCAAGUCAAACUCCAAACUGAAAUACAAAAUUGAAGAUAAGAAUAGACAAGUGAAUAGUAUAAAAUACACAAAGCUGGCUUAGUAAGACAAGAACUCGCAACCUGCGAAAUAUGGAGUUUUCAUGACAAUGACUCAUCUUAAAUAACACCAAGAAACUUGAUUUAUCUUAAGACCAUUCAUCUCUAUAUUAAAGGCGAAUUCAUCUCUUCUCUGCCCGGGUUUAAAAGUUAUGUAAUUUGACUUUUGUAUAUUUAGAGAUAGCUUGUUGGCUUUAAAACAAAUGAGAUAACUUAGGCAUUUCAGAGUUAACAAGUUCAUUAAUCAGGAAAGUCAAUAUGAGAAAAGAAUAAGUUGGUAUCAUCAGCAAACAAGAAUCGCUGAAAAGCGAUUUUAACUGGGCUGUCGAAGGCGAUUUUUUCUGAGGAAGGGGUUGCUGCACCACAGAAUCUUGUCGCUGGCCAUUGGGUAACAUAGCACCUCAUGUUUGAGUGAAACAUAAAUUCAUUUGAACAUUGUAUCCUUUUGGAACACUUUCGUAACAAGAAAAAUGAGUACCAUUUUUAAGUCGGGACUGUAUAGUAACUUUCAAAUUCCACUAUUAUAAAUAGAAGUAAGCAAGUGAGCCAUUCUAAGCAGGAAACAGUAAGCGUUAUUUUCAAGCACCCCUUCCCCAAUCCCUCUGCCCCCCAAAAUAAAGUGUGACAGUAUAGCGUGACUAAUUUGACCUAACCGGAAAUUCCAAAAAUUAUUGUCGUUCUACGGGUCAUAAAAUGCUGUUAAUAACAAGCAGUUCAUUUCUCAAUUCUGGUUCUUAAAAAUUGGAAAGCAAAUUAUAUUUAAGUUUUGUUUUUGUCUGAUAUUGCGUUAUAGAGCCUUCCUACCUAUCCUAGUCAAUAUAUAUAUAUACAAUUUUUUUUUGUGGACGUGGUGAUGUACAAUGAGCACAUUCCCCGGGACAUUCCUUUCCUGUAAGGAAUGACUUUUCACGCGCUGAGUAAGAAUCGCAAAAAGAUAAAAAGAGACAUUGGACGUCACAUUUUAAACGGUUUAAGCUUCAACGUAAAGCGAAGAGAAACCUUAAAAGCGACCCAUCCUACCAUCUUUUGAAAAAGGCACUGAUAGCUUGUGAAAAAGUGCCAAUGAUAGCUUGAGAGACGUCUUUAUUCAAUGGAUGUACAUACAAACACUCUAGCUACACACAUAGAGAGAUUUGCAAUCACGUUUUGGAAGGGAAAAACUCCUCAAAAUGUUUAAACUUCAACAAAAAGUGAAGAAAAACCACAAAUGGUACUCAUCGUAGCAUCUUUUGAAGGAGACGAUGAAAAAGUACAGUACGCCAAUUUCAAACACAUCUUCAUUUAAUGGCUGCCUUGGCUUAACAUUCUACGCCAAGUUAGUCAUUGAUCGUGUUUAUCGUCAUGACAACGAAAUUCUCCGGGGGGGUACUCCCUUACAUUUGCCUUAUACAAUCGGCGACAAAAUUGUUGAGACAUUGUACUCAAAUAGGGUAACUUUGGAGAACAAAAGAAUCCGCACCCCUCUCCUCUCCCCUCCGUUCAAAGUUGGGGUGUUUGUUGUUUCCUAAAGGUAGCUCGAACAUCGGCACAACAGUGUAUGGAAGGGGGGGGGGAGGGAAAGCUAUAUUUCCUCCUUUUGAAGUCAGUAAAACGUAAAAAAGCCCAGUUUAGGGCGAAGUGUCUUAACUCAUUUUGUCGUCGAUUGUAGGUAUUGAUCUAAUAUAAAAUCUGGAGUAAGGAUUUGGGAAACCGAACAACACACCCCACCAACAAUUCCCAGGAAUACGCCCCUGGGUUACUCGGUUAAUCAUUGAUAGAGGCCGUUUACUGAACCAAAAAUUCCGGUGGGUAGGUAAGCAUUAAGAGAAUGAGUCGACACAUCCCCACCACGAAUUGCUAGGGAUACCACCCGGAAAGAAAAUAAUCGAAGGUAUUUUAUAAACUGGGCCAGCCUACGGCAAGCACAGUUAAUAAAAACAGGUCAUAGAUAUUUGAAAUCUGACACAAUUCAUUGAUAUAAAUAAAAGAGAAUAAGGGACCAGGGACAGACCCCUGAGGAACUCCACACAAGAUUUCACGAACUAGAGACGACAUACCAUUAAAUUCAACGUAUUGUUGCCUAUUACAAAGGUAUCAUUUGAUCCACUCUAGGGCCAGACCAUGAAUCUCAUAAUGCUCAAGCUUAUCGAGUAGAAUACAAUGAUUAACGGUAUCAAAACCUUUUGAUAAAUCAAGGCAUAUUCCUAGUGCAUGUUUCCUCUUAUCAAUGGCCGAAGUAAUCUUGUCAUGUAGGUAUAAUAACUCGGCUAACGAGGUUGAUUGUUUCUUUCUGAAACCUUAUUUAGAUAUCGAAUUAAGCGAUUGUACAAAACGUUUUCUAGAAACUUCGAAAAGAUUGUUAAGACUUAUACAGGUCUAUAAUUAGAAAGUAAACUUUUGUCACCAGACUUAUGUAGAGGAACGGCACUAUAGCCGAUUUCAUUUGAGCAGGGACAAUACCUGAGUUAACUGAUAGAUUUAAACCGUAUGUGGACAUAUGGUUAACGUAUGGCCAGCCGCAGUGUUAAGACGAAGUGACUUAGCAAUUUCAACAAUUUUAGUCUGCGUAGCAGAUUCAAAGAAAAAAGGAUUAAUCAAGCGAUCCGGUAGAAAAGACUUAUGUGUCCUAAUUGAACUGGAUAUAUUUUUAGCGACUGUAGGCCCCAGAUUGGUAAAAAAAAAGUUGCAAAAAUGAUCAGCUAUUCAACUGGAAUAUGAAAUCUCCUGAUUAUUGAUGGUGAAGGUUGACGGUAACUUAUUAGAACGACUGUUUCUAUUUAUUAUCCGAUUUAAAAUCUUCCAGGUACCUUUCGCAUUAUUUUUAGACAAUUCAAGUCUUUUUCAUAAUAGAGAGAUUUUGCUAGACGUAGAAAGUGGUGGAGUUUGUUUCUAUAUUUUUGGAAUUUUCCUUAUUCGUUGGAGUGGGAAAUUUAUAAAUUUUUUAUACAAUUUUGUUCUUCUUCCUAAUGGAUUUUUGCAAGCCCGGAUCAUUACGGAGACGAUUGUUCAAGUUUACAGGUUGCCGAAGGCCUUAGGUAUUCUAAAGGAAAAACUUAAGCUCAGGAGUCAAACUUAACUUUAACUGCAUGCAUGCGUACAAUGUAGAUCCUUACAUGUGAACCUUUAGUGGUGAUAAUUUCAGUUUCUGAAGCACUUGGUCUUUAAUUUAGUAAAACAUUUUCUGGUCUAACGCCCUGGGUCUGACGUGUGCAUUUAGGCUAGGGAUGACGGUUCUGGAGCCACUGCUAAAGACGGUAAAAAGUAAAUAUUUCGUCUCAGGCAAGAAAGGAAUGGUGGAUCAGGUCACCCGGAACGAAGCUGGCGAUAAUUGAUCGGACUACAGAGGGAGAAAAUUCAAAUUAACUCAUUGCACUCACGAUUACUUAGUUUAUGAAUAUUAGUAACAAUGUUGUUUGAUAUCUAUUUUUUUUUUUCAUUCUAGCUGCUUUUUCUAGCAUGAACUCUGGCGUGGAAGGACUGAGAACACUUUUGGAUCGUAUAGAAACAAACCGCAAAAUUGCUAUCGGCGUUUGGAAUGAAAGUGAUCAUCCGUGGGAAGCAAUUUCCGUGUAUUUUUCGUCUGGCACCUCAGAUAACAUCCUUCCACUUAAUGUUCCAAAAGGUAGAAACUAGAUUAGUCUAAUUUUAAAAGCAUAACUCCUACCUAACUAUUUAUCAGUAUAUUAUGCUUGCUGUUUAGCGUAGGUGUACGGCAUUUGGAUAGAUCCCAGACACGCAUCCAAUGUGUUGUGCGGGUAAGAGAGAAUUGGGGUUAGGUUGAGGCGCGCGGGAACUAAUGGGAAGGGACAAAGGAAUAAUAGCGACUGGCAAAUUUCGUUUCAUAGAGCCGUGCAAAUUGCCAUGGAGCCGUGCAGGUACUUUUCAUAAAGGUAAUAGCACUUUUCUGGUAUUUUCGUGGUCAAAAUCCUUUGUGACGUUUAUUUUAAUUUUUUUAUAAAAAAAAAAACAGUUUUCUCUAUGUAACAAAAAGUAUUUGUUAUGCCGUUUCGCCUGCAUGGCGUGCGCGCUGGAAGAUUCCCGGGAAAGCAAUGUUGACUAUUUCGACAGUUCUUACAGUGAACUGUGGUUUGAAGGUUGGUAAUUCUUUUCUCUAUUUUUUCUCUUUCCUAACAAAGGUUACUUUUGAGGUAUCUCGCAGCACCAGUUCACACUACAAAGUAUCUUUAUUCAGAAUACCCACAUUAAAGUUAUUCCAAUCAUUACAGAUGCAAACAUCAGGUUUACUUCUACAGGAUUAAUAUCAAGCAUUAAAGCUAGCUCCCUCAAUGUGUUUAUUUUUUUAGCUUCUUCAAGAACUAUAUUUUUAUACAAAUGUUGAAAUGAAAUGUAACAAAGGUAGGACACUCUUAAGAACUGACAUCAGUUCUCUUUUAUAACUGUUUCCUAAAAUAGACUUUAAGGUAACCCAUAUAGUUCAUAUGGGCUGUAGUGCAUUAUUACAUAGUGCACAUUUUCCCCUGGCGCUCUAUCAUUGUAUGAACUAAAAGAAGGCCGGGUUCACGCAUUUGUGCGUCUUGCUUGUUCUUGCCAUAGAAAGAUAAGUAUUUCCUUGUACUGCGUAGAACUCAAGCAAAAUUCCCUAAAAACAAAAGAAAUGUUUAAAUUUAUUGGUAGCCUACAAAGCAGGCGUUUUUUUGACAGAAACUCUGAGGUACAUUGAUCGCGGCAGCCAUCUUGAAAAGCCAAGGAAAAGACUAAGGGAGGAGGAGCGGGAAAAGGGGGAGGGGCGAGGAGAAGAGAGGAGGUUGGGGUUAGGGUUACUAUUUGAAACCCAUCACACCUCUUCCUUUAAAUCAGUUUUGAACUUGUUCCAACUCUCUGGUAGUAUUAACGUCCGAGAUGGCGGGAUAACGUUAUUUCCGCAAUGGAUCGCGCUGCAAAAUAUGCGUGCUUUGCAGGCUGAUUUAUUGCUUAAGAAGAAAGAUGUCCUUGGAUUGCUUCCAGCUGGUUUUGGAAAAAAGUCUGAUUUACUAACUUUUUGAAAUUAAGUGUUGACAGGCUAAACACGAUUCAUGUUAUGUGUUUGAACAACAGUUUUUCUCUUUUUUUUCUCGCCGCUGUGUUUUGAUAUAGACUUAACUUUGACUCUGCUGUGGAAAAGCUAAUUUCCCUUCAUUUAAGCCAUUAUUUACAUCGCGUAACAAUGAGCUUCCUUCCCGAGCCGCCAUAUUGAAACGAAAUCUGCCAAUCGCUAUUUUUCCUUUGUCCUUUCAAAUGAGAUGUUAUUGGUCGUAUAAGCCGUGAUGGUACUGGCUUUGAAGACUGCUAAUGUCAUUGGUGCGUUUCGAUCCGUCUAUUGUCACAGUUAAACAGUCGUUUAUUGUUAGUAAAAUUGUCAGUUGUCCAGUCGUUUUCUCGUAGUUAGUUUUGCUUGAUUCACGUCAAUAAGUCCUUUGUACGGUGCCGGUAACUGUUGAUUACAAGUCAGUAGCAUUUGUUCUAAGUUAGUAAACCAGCUUUCUAAAAGAGGGGGGUGAAUAGGGGUAUGCAAAUCCGCCGAUCCGUGGUAUUUUAAGGCCCGAUCCGUCGAUCCGACUUAAUUUUUGUUCAAAUCCGAAUCCGUGUUACUUUAAAAAGUUUUCGUGGUAUAUAGAAAGUAGCGUUGUAGCAUGAAAAAAUGAAUUACUUGAUAUAGCUGUUCUGUAAUCGCAACAGAUGCGGGACUUCAUGUUUAAAAAGUUUUCGUUACAGCUUCAAAACAUUAAGCAUUAGGGACAGAGCUUAUAAUGUUUCUUCCAACAAUACAGAUUUGACUAACCAAAUGGUCUGCAAGCUUGCAAAAUGAAAGUAUCUGGUAUUGCGUAAAAGAUUUUUCAAUAAAUUUACUUACUGACAUCACUUUGGACAUGCUUCUAGUCGAGCCGCAAAAUUCGGAAGAGGCAGAACUCAACUUCAUGGUAAUUUUACUUACCAGUAAGUACUUUCCAUGGUUCAUCUUUUGCCGUGUUUGCCCUCAACCAAGAUGGCGAGAGAAACCGUGAAAAGAUCUAUUAAGUUAACGAUCAAGACAAGCAAACUAGCUGAAAUAGCUUCGAAGAACAUAAUUUAUAUCAGUUCAUGUAUAAACCAAAUAUAAAGCACGAAAACAAAGCAUACCUGGUUUGAUUGAUGUUUCGAAUGCUAAGUAAUCAACACUACACGCACCGCGCCAAUCAGAAGCUGCGUUCGUGGGCGAACGCAGUUUUUCAAAAUCGUGGGGUUUGCGGGCAAGCGGUUCCUUCUUUCCCCUCCCCCUCCCCCGUCAUUCAUUUUUUUUUUUUUGCUCUUCUCCUAGACGAACCUCGCGAGGAAACGCUUGCUACGCAGGCUACACGAACGCAUUCACAGAUCCUGUCAGGUCACUUAGCAUUACUGCCAUUACAUGAACCAUGUGUCACCAUGCAGGAACCAUGGCAAGGUUGCCUGACGUCAUUUACGCCACGCUGUCUAUACUGGAAUUCAUGUAUACCGUAUGAGUCGGGUAACGAGAAAAUCUUCCGGAAACCUCGGAAGUGAAACGUUAGCCGACAAAACACCAGCACAUUGACCAAGGCCGACAGAAAAUUGAUGAUCCAAUCCACGAUCCGAACUUCUAGACUGACAGAAUCUGGAAACCGGGCCAAAACUUUCAGCUGAUCCGCGAUCCACGGUAUUUUUCAAAUCCGCGAAUCCGCUCAAUUUAUCGCCGAAAUCCACAAUCCGUGAGCUUUUUAAGGCCAAAUCCGCCGAUCCGCGGACCUAUUCACCCCCCUCCUAAAGAGAGUCGUUGAUGGUGCUCUGUAGAAUACGUAAUACAUGUCGCAGAGUCUCAAUCGAUUUGAUGUUUCGUCUGUAAAUGGUGCGCGGCAAUGUGAUUAUUGACGUCAUCAUUUGUCGUCACUCGUUUGUGUUUGGUCAGUCGCAUGCUAAGGUUUCUGCCGGUUUCACCAAUGAAGUAGCCUGGCAGUCGCAGCAAAUGAUCUUGUCCCUUGUCCCGGGGGGGAGGGGUACUUCCUUAUAAGAGGCUAAUGGGGAUGUGCCGCUGGAUGGUGUCCCAUUUUCAUGACUGGAUUGACUAUAAUGGGGUUGCAUUUUCAAUAAAGUUACUACAAUGGGGUCGCACUUUUCGGAUUUUUGGGGUAAGAAAGUUCUUCAUAUUUACGGUUAGCAAACGUACCCGAAUGUUUGUACUGUAGGUGGGAAGCAAUGAUAGUCUUUACACUAGAGCCUAAAUAAGCUAAGAAAUAUUUCAAGACAAGUAAAUUUUAAUUACUUUAAGUAAAAUAAAGCUUCACACACAACCGAUUCUUUUUCUUUCUUCUUAGCGGCUCCUAAGUCUUACUUAACAGCCUAGUGUAAAGACAAUCAAUGUGUUCUUUAUUCAAUUUUAAAAAAAUGGGUCAAUUCAUUUUAGGACUGGACCUAUUUAAAGGAUUGAUAAGGUAGAUACAUGAAUAAAAAGUGACUUAGAUGGAAUCGCGAAAAUGACAUAUUUGCCCAAAAGUAACUAAGAUGGGGUCUAGAUUCGGCCACAGAACAGACCUUAAGGGGGGAACGGGCUCUGAGAGGCCAGCGGCACAUACCAAGCAAAAAUUAACCCAAGUUCCCCGUCCCCCUCCGCCCGGGGGGAUCUUGUAUAAUGCUCCCUGUCUGUCCUAUCAAAUGCUUCGAAUGCCAGGCUACUCGGAUCUUAAUUCGUUGUUAAAGUUACUUUGCAUUCUCACCCAUCUUAUGUCAGUAGAACUGGUAAACAAAAGACACACUUUUCAUUAAUGCCAAGAAAUAACCGUUACUAAUAUCAUAGGUGACGAACUACUCCUUAAUUUUGGCGCAAAAUUUCAGCGUUAAUUUGUAAUUUCACAUGUGAAAUUACCAAAUUGCUAUGGCAACCCUUCCGUACGUCUCAGUGUCAAGAUGGUGACGAAGUUUUAAAAUGCCGUGAAUGAAGAUGUCAGGGCACAAGAAGACGCUUUAGAAAACAAGAACACACAAGAGAACAUCAAGAAGGAUUCUAACAGGUAUUUUGCCGAAAAAGUCUGAAAAUUUAAGGUCUAAACAUUUGAGAGAGUGGAGUUCUCGAUCGAUACGAUCCAGGAUAAACAUGUCAAAAAUCCAAGAUUGCUAACGUAAUUCGUCACCCAUGAUAUUAAUAGGUAAUCAAAUGGUAUACUCGUUAAAUUAGGGAAUAAUUUCACGCGCGUUUUGUCCAAAUCCUAAUAAUUUCCCACGCCUAAGGGCUCGGGAAAUUAUUAGAAUUUGGACAAAACACACAUACCUAUAUGCUUGUUCUCAUUAGGUGAGGCCAUACUAUGGGGAGCUCGAAAAACUGCGGGACCUAUACCUAGAGGAGCCGUUGGAGUCUUCACGUACUACAUACGAGCCUUAGACAAGACAUUAGCUAUCAUGUAUUCCGUUCCUUUUGAUUUCAACUUAUUCAGAAAUUGGUGGAAUGUAAAACUUUACGGCGGUCGUCGGGAGGCCAGUAAACAGACGUUCAGAGACAUGUAUGGUGCCGACAGAGUGAGGGGUGAUAACGCCUGGCAUACUAAAAAUUUAGGCUUAGGAUUGUCUGUGGAGGGUGCGAUGGGGAGCACGGAUCAAUCCGAACUUGAGAUUAGGGUUGGGAUUGCAAGCAGGACAUGAGCUGCUCAAUAACCAACUGGUUGCCUACUUCCAGACAGUUUUUUUUAAUCCCCUUACGUUUUAUUUUUAUUGUUUAUUCACCAAUUAUUCCAGUGGAGUGCCUGUAAACUAGCUAAAGAGACUCACUGCACUUCCGCAGCAAAAAAAAACGGUCUUUAUUGUUGAAAGUCCCGGUAACUUUUCAUGCCUCAAGCUGGCACAUUUAAACAAGUUUUUAAACAAGCAAGUGCCGUAGUAUGAUUUGGUAAGUUCUAUCUUUUGCUAAAAUAAAAAUUACAGAAUUAUUUACUCAGUUGAUUUAAGUGUUCAAACGAAAAAAACCCUUUGGUUUGUAUUACCAGUCAAAGUUGUUGUCUAGAUUAAUGAAGUUCCACCAAGGAAGUACUGUUUUUAUCAAUCUAUUGCACUUUUGAGACUUUCGUUGAACUGGCCCCUGUUUGCAGGCUAAAACCCUGAUUAUCUGAGUUCACAACUGGAUCAUAUACCCCCAUCAUUAAACGUAAUUUAUUCAUGAUUGUUUGAGAUUACGUGGAAAGUAAAUAUCUGUUGUUCAAUUUAUUAGUCCAUGAUGCAAUAUUGUUCUUAGCUAACACGGGUUUUUCCUAGUAAACUCGUAAACAAUUUUUGAGUUAAUGUAUGUAAAAAGGCGGGACUAAUUAAUAUUGUUAUGAUAUUCCAACAAGAAGGUUUCAAACGACAAGUUUGGUACUGUACGAAAAAUGACGAAUUGUACUUUUAGAAGUACUGGUAUUGUACGUAGUUGAUUUGUAUUAGUAUGAACCUUCUUUGUAUUUUUUAUAUCUCUCUGACUAUUUUGUUAGGACGGGACAUUUACUGGACCUAUGUGAAUUUUAGAGUAAAAGUAGAUUUUUUUUGUUACGCUAUAACCUCGUAGGAAAGUAAAUUAAUAAUUCUUGUAGCAAAUCGAAUUUCUGCUAAUGUUAAUUUAAAUUAGAGACCUUAAGAUUCUAAGACAAGUACGACUACGAGAACGAUAUUUUACCACUACUGAGUAGUGCUCGUGCGUGAACCAGCGUCAUUUUGGCUGGAAAACGUGAUAGCAUUCGUCAAUCUACUACGAGUUUAGCGAGAAUGUAGAAGUGGCGGAAACAAGAUAUCAAAUGUUAGAAUUUUUAUCAUUUUGCGAUCGGGAGAGUGUGUAACCUCCCUUACUAAAGAUAACAGUGCUAAUUUUUCAAGUGAAAAUGGUAAAAUGAAGCCUUUCGGGGAAUCUAUAUUUUGAGAAUAUGUGAAAAAACUUUAAGUCAAAUCUUGUAUUCGUAGUUGUGCUCGUCCUGGAAUCUAAAGGUCUCUAAUGAAUAAGAUUGACAGCCUUUAAGUCCAGUCUGGAUAAAAGGAGCUGCAACGAGCUUUUGUUAGAGGGAUUCAGCUAGUCUUGUGCUUGUAAAGUUAUUAAAAGAGUGUGAAGUUAAUAAAUCAGAGUGAACAUAGUGUCAAAUUGUCACAUAUCAUUGUAGAAGGACUUCCUGUCCCCCAACGCGCAAACGUUCCUUUAAACCAGUAGUGUUUGCAAAUUUGUUUCAUCAAGAACAUCGAUUUUUUUUCCCCAAUGUAACAUAACAUUGCUUUUACGUGGAGUGAUUUUUAAGUUCCGGUGAGUGUGGUUCAGAAAAUGAUUAUUGCUUACAGCGAAAGCAUGUGAACGGUUUAUAUAGACCGUCACUGCAAAGUCAUUAUAUUAUUAGUUAACAGAUGAUAAAAGGUUACGAACCAUUUCUUCAUCCUUAGUGUUAACAGACAGAGUCUGAUGACCACCGAGGGAGAAAUGGAAUUUCAACAGCGAGCAACUGCCAUACUAGGCCUAUGUCACGGCGUUUUUACGGACCAGUUUAUUUUUAGACAAAUUUUAGGGCACUUUUCCUUGCGAAAAUAAAAUCUUCACUAUGUCUAUGAGCUCAUUCGAAGUAUAAGAUAUCAAAAAGGAAAACUAAACGUUAUUAAGAGGCAAAACUAUCGUUUUUAAUUUAGGUCCGUAGGUUUUGCUGACUGGUUUCAUUUCUGGUUUGAGGGAUUUAAAAGAUAUUCAAAAUUCGCGCCAAACCGUUCUAAAAAUAAACUGGUCCGCGAAAACGCCGUAACACGAGCGCAUGGAAGUCAUGGAAGUUGCUCGCUCCGGGUUCUGAGCAGAGUCAUUGAAAACGUUUUCUUUUUCUUUUGGAUCAGAUAUCAAAACAUCACCUUUGGAGAUCGCCGGGAUAGCCGAGUAACACUUAUUACCAUACGUGGAUUUCACUGGCAUACGCCACCACAAUUUGGAAGAAAUUGCUGGAUCACUAAGAGCUUGGUUGGUCUUUGUAUUAUCUUUGCCAUUCUGAUAAGACUAACUACUAAGUUUCUCUGAACAAGAUGGGAUUUAGGGGCUGUUUACAUGGAGGGAAGAAGAUCCUAGUUAGCGCCAUAUGUUUUCUGUAUUCAGUUUACAUGCAAAGGGUUGUACUUGUCCAUAGCGCUAGGAUCUUCCUAGUACUAGGAUGUUGCUAGCUGAGAGGUAGGAAGAUCCCAGCACUAGGAAGAUCCUAGCACCAUGUAAACUGCUUUCGCUAGGAAGAUCCUAGUACUAGGGACAAACGCGACAAAAUGUCGGCGGGUCGUUUAGUGGCUAAUUACGGCAAUAAAGGCCUAAAGGCCGACCAUUUCGUUUGGAGUAAUCCACGAGCAGAUUAUUGUGUUCAUUCAGCUGAAAGGUUGUGAUUUACGCCAGUAAAGAGAGCAGAAGGACCCAAAUUGCAUUUUUGAUUUUGUCGUCUGCCAUUUUUAAUUCCUUCUCUAACCUUCUCUACUUGGACAACUCACGGGCCGAAAUUUCUUCAUGUAAACUUCUCGAUCGAUACGAUCCAGGAUAAACAUGUCAAAAAUCCAAGAUUGCUAACGUAAUUCGUCACCCAUGAUAUUAAUAGGUAAUCAAAUGGUAUACUCGUUAAAUUAGGGAAUAAUUUCACGCGCGUUUUGUCCAAAUCCUAAUAAUUUCCCACGCCUAAGGGCUCGGGAAAUUAUUAGAAUUUGGACAAAACACACAUACCUAUAUGCUUGUUCUCAUUAGGUGAGGCCAUACUAUGGGGAGCUCGAAAAACUGCGGGACCUAUACCUAGAGGAGCCGUUGGAGUCUUCACGUACUACAUACGAGCCUUAGACAAGACAUUAGCUAUCAUGUAUUCCGUUCCUUUUGAUUUCAACUUAUUCAGAAAUUGGUGGAAUGUAAAACUUUACGGCGGUCGUCGGGAGGCCAGUAAACAGACGUUCAGAGACAUGUAUGGUGCCGACAGAGUGAGGGGUGAUAACGCCUGGCAUACUAAAAAUUUAGGCUUAGGAUUGUCUGUGGAGGGUGCGAUGGGGAGCACGGAUCAAUCCGAACUUGAGAUUAGGGUUGGGAUUGCAAGCAGGACAUGAGCUGCUCAAUAACCAACUGGUUGCCUACUUCCAGACAGUUUUUUUUAAUCCCCUUACGUUUUAUUUUUAUUGUUUAUUCACCAAUUAUUCCAGUGGAGUGCCUGUAAACUAGCUAAAGAGACUCACUGCACUUCCGCAGCAAAAAAAAACGGUCUUUAUUGUUGAAAGUCCCGGUAACUUUUCAUGCCUCAAGCUGGCACAUUUAAACAAGUUUUUAAACAAGCAAGUGCCGUAGUAUGAUUUGGUAAGUUCUAUCUUUUGCUAAAAUAAAAAUUACAGAAUUAUUUACUCAGUUGAUUUAAGUGUUCAAACGAAAAAAACCCUUUGGUUUGUAUUACCAGUCAAAGUUGUUGUCUAGAUUAAUGAAGUUCCACCAAGGAAGUACUGUUUUUAUCAAUCUAUUGCACUUUUGAGACUUUCGUUGAACUGGCCCCUGUUUGCAGGCUAAAACCCUGAUUAUCUGAGUUCACAACUGGAUCAUAUACCCCCAUCAUUAAACGUAAUUUAUUCAUGAUUGUUUGAGAUUACGUGGAAAGUAAAUAUCUGUUGUUCAAUUUAUUAGUCCAUGAUGCAAUAUUGUUCUUAGCUAACACGGGUUUUUCCUAGUAAACUCGUAAACAAUUUUUGAGUUAAUGUAUGUAAAAAGGCGGGACUAAUUAAUAUUGUUAUGAUAUUCCAACAAGAAGGUUUCAAACGACAAGUUUGGUACUGUACGAAAAAUGACGAAUUGUACUUUUAGAAGUACUGGUAUUGUACGUAGUUGAUUUGUAUUAGUAUGAACCUUCUUUGUAUUUUUUAUAUCUCUCUGACUAUUUUGUUAGGACGGGACAUUUACUGGACCUAUGUGAAUUUUAGAGUAAAAGUAGAUUUUUUUUGUUACGCUAUAACCUCGUAGGAAAGUAAAUUAAUAAUUCUUGUAGCAAAUCGAAUUUCUGCUAAUGUUAAUUUAAAUUAGAGACCUUAAGAUUCUAAGACAAGUACGACUACGAGAACGAUAUUUUACCACUACUGAGUAGUGCUCGUGCGUGAACCAGCGUCAUUUUGGCUGGAAAACGUGAUAGCAUUCGUCAAUCUACUACGAGUUUAGCGAGAAUGUAGAAGUGGCGGAAACAAGAUAUCAAAUGUUAGAAUUUUUAUCAUUUUGCGAUCGGGAGAGUGUGUAACCUCCCUUACUAAAGAUAACAGUGCUAAUUUUUCAAGUGAAAAUGGUAAAAUGAAGCCUUUCGGGGAAUCUAUAUUUUGAGAAUAUGUGAAAAAACUUUAAGUCAA